UGCGGAGCCGGUGCAGUGGGCUCCGCGGCCAUUCCACACGGCGGCACCGGCCUCGCACGGCGGCACCGCGGGAGCCGCCGCAGCCCCGCCAUGGCCAAGGAGGGAGCGCAGCGAGCCGAGGAGACGGAGCAGAUGAUCGACAAGGAGGGCGGCAGGGAGGCGGCCGAGGGCGGCGCGGGCGGCAGCCUGCGCGCCGGGGACGCCAAGGAGAUGCGAGCCGUGGUGCUGUCCGCCUUCGGGGGGCUCAACAAGCUCCGCGUGUCCAAGAAAGCCAUGCCGGAGCCGCAGGAGGGCGAGCUGAAGAUCCGCGUCAAAGCCUGUGGUUUGAACUUUAUUGAUUUGAUGGUGCGACAGGGGAAUAUUGACAACCCUCCUAAGACUCCGCUUGUUCCUGGGUUUGAAUGUUCUGGAAUUGUAGAAGCUCUUGGAGACAGCGUGAAAGGAUUUGAGAUUGGAGACAGAGUCAUGGCUUUUGUGAACUACAAUGCCUGGGCUGAAGUCGUGUGUACCCCAGUAGAAUUUGUCUACAAGAUCCCAGAUGACAUGAAUUUUUCCGAGGCUGCUGCAUUUCCCAUGAACUUUGUAACUGCCUACAUGAUGCUCUUUGAGGUUGCUAACCUGAGAGAAGGCAUGUCUGUGCUGGUUCACUCGGCAGGAGGUGGGGUGGGUCAAGCUGUUGCUCAGCUCUGUUCAACCAUUCCCAAUGUUACCGUUUUUGGAACAGCUUCAUCUUUCAAACAUGAAGCAAUCAAAAACUCGGUAACUCACCUGUUUGACAGGAACGCAGACUAUGUUCAAGAAGUAAAAAGAAUCUCAGCAGAUGGAGUAGAUAUUGUUUUGGACUGUCUUUGUGGAGAAAAUACUGGGAAAGGCCUCAGUCUUCUCAAACCACUUGGGACUUACAUUUUAUAUGGUUCAUCUAACAUGGUUACUGGGGAGACAAAAAGCUUCUUCAGUUUUGCAAAAUCAUGGUGGCAGGUUGAGAAAGUAAAUCCUAUCAAGCUGUAUGAGGAGAACAAAGUCAUUGCUGGAUUUUCCCUGCUGAAUCUACUUUUCAAACAGAAUCGAGGCGGCCUGAUCAAGGGUGUGAUGGACAAACUCCUAAAUCUAUAUAACAGUAAGAAGAUCAAGCCUGUGGUUGAUUCAUUAUGGGCUUUGGAAGAGGUGAAGGAGGCCAUGCAGAGAAUCCAUGACCGAGGAAAUAUAGGAAAACUCAUUCUGGAUGUGGAGAAAGCACCCACUCCCCUGAUGGCCAAUGACAGCACGGAGACGAGCGAGGCUGGGGAGGAGGAGGAGGACCACGAAGGGGACAACGAGAACAAGGAGCGCAUGCCCUUCAUCCAGUAGCAGCCAGAGCGCGGGAGGCAGCAGGAGCCGGGAAGGAGAAGGGAACAAGGCUGGGAAAUCUCUUCUGUGCAUCAGUGAACAAAUGCUGUAGUACAGUGUGUGUUGUAUUUGUUUGCAGUCAGCUGAGCUAUGAGCUGUUGAUCAUUGUUGUUUUGAACUCAAGUGCCAUUCUCAUCCAGUGCAGUAUUACCACAUUUCUGUGUAAUUCCAGUUUCCCUGUAGGAGUCCCAUGGAUUUUUCUGUUCUUGUUUGAAAGCCUUAUUAACUUACUGUGUAAUUUUAGAUGGG